AACCAUUUCCAUUUCAAAAGGGCCUACGCACUGUCGGUGCUCGGGCACUAAAUGUCAUUAGCAGGGGCACAACACGAUUAGCUGGUUGGAGCAUGGAGAUAUACGAUACGCCAAUAUGCUACGGCAGCUUCGACCAUCAACGGAAGUUACGUUUGGCAGCUUCCGCUGACACCGGAAGUCUCACUGCAAGCUGCCGCUGGCUGCCACAAUUUGAGUCAGCUGUCACUGGGACAAGGACACGCAGGGCUGCAAUGACAUUGUGCAAGUUAGCUUAAUAGUCCUUACUAUCUCGUUACCAACGUUAAGCCUCUGGUUACCACUCUAUAAAAUAUGUCAUGGAGAUGCGCUGGCUGAACCUCUGUUGGUCUUAACAAGGUUUUCGUCCGCAACAGGUCUCAAGGACAUAGUGUCUGUGUCUUUGCAGUGUCCUCUGUGCUGUGGGUGAUGCUCUGCUGGUGACUGGGGUUGCCGUGGCCCUGGUACUGAAUGGCUGUGUGCAGAGGUGUUCUUGCUUUCUGGAUGGGUUGUGUUGGCAACCAUGGCAGAAGGCAACUCAUCAAAAAACGGAGCUGGACCCAAAACCAGGCAGUCAAUUGGUUUUGGAUCCCUCAAACACGCCCCCUGAGCAGUGCAUCAUGGGCCCUGGAACCCCCCAACAGCCUGCGAUAUCAGAACAUUAAGCAGCCAGUGCUCUCCCACCCAUUCCACAAUGUCAGCCAUCUUCAGAGAGAAGGCUACUAUGAGGAGGACUUGGAGGAAUUUCUCAGGGUGUGUGUGCUGGUGCAACCGGGUGAGUCAGAUGGUCUCAACACCCUGCUGAAAAUCCCUCUGUUCAGUCACAUUAAACUCAGAGAGAUCCUUGCUCCGGGGGCUCACAAACCCUCUGAGUUCUCCUUUCCCCUAACCAUGGUGAAUGGCAGCAGAGAGGAUGAUAUCAUCAUGGACAGCUUUAAGAAAGAACGAACCGAUGCUAUAACGAGAAAACAAGGCUGUUUUAGGAGCCUGUUUGAAGCGGAGAGGUGUCCUGCACCGUUCGUGUGCGGCUCCCCCUAUUAUUGCUUCCAUUGUCCGGGCACAGAACCCGUGCCUAGCAGUGAGCUGAAAUCUAAGAGGCUUGGUAUUGGACUUGAUGAAAAGCCUGUGGAGCUACCUCUUCUGCAUCCUAGCACUCUGUGUAGCCAUACAGAGAGAGAAGAGGAUGGAUACACUAAAAGAGACACUGAAGAAGAGGAGAAGUUGGCUGUGAUGUAUGAAAGACUGGGUAUAGAGCUUCCAAGUUUCUUUAUAAAGAACCAUGAUUACACCAUGUACUCACAGGAUAUAGAAUUCCUCAAUGGCCUCAUGAAUACCAAGACCAGAGGCCGUGUGCUGUACCAGUUAAUCCUCUCCCUGUGGCGCCUACUGUGUCUGUUUUACUACUCUGAGGCUCAGUUGGAGGUGCUGAAGCUCACCAAACACAUGGAGGACAGAACCAUUAAGGCCCGCUGGAGGAUUAGGGGCCUGCCCUUCCACUCUGUGCUGCGCUUCUAUCGCAAAGACAAAUCUCAACUUUAUAGGUCAUAUGAUGCAUUCUCUACAUUCUACAUUGGACAGGAUGGACUCAUUCAUUGUCAUAAAGUUGAAAAGAUGAUGCCAGGUACACAAUCAAGAUUGCCAGUUCCUGCCGCAGAAAAACAGCCUGGCCUUUCACACACCACCUGGUCCAUAUGUCCAAACAGUUCCAGUUUGGUUUCAUCAGUCCAUAGAACUAUCACCCACAACUCUGAAGUCGACUUUUGGGCUAGGUCUUGGAGUCCAGCCAUUAAGUCCUUGCUUCUCACUUUUAUCAAAUCAUCCUGUAGGGGUCUUGAAAUGUUGGGCCAGGUAAGCAAAUGAAGGAUCAUUAUAGAACUCCCAAAGGCUUAAUUAUGUUUCAACUCCACUUUAGGCCAUAAAAACUGUCAGACAGCUUUAAAAUGAAAAAUAUUAUACAGGGGUUGAAUAAUUGUGACAUGGCUAUCUUAACAAAAUAUACUGUAACACACAAAUACUACAUCAUGCAUUUUCUGUGUUGAUUUUAGGUAUCACUUAACUCAUAAAGAAGUCACCCGAAGCAGAAUCUUGCUCUUUGAAAAAAAUGUCCUUAAAAUCUUCGGGGGGUUGAAUAUUCGUGAUUCCAACUUUAGGUUGAUGAGUCCCAAAUGCCGCUCCUGCAGAGUGCUGGUUCUUAAUAUACAGUUAGGUCCAUAAAUAUUUGGACAUUGACACAAUUUUCAUUAUUUUGGCUCUGUACACCACCACAAUGGAUUUUAAAUGAAACAA